GCUGGAGCAAAUGCCAGACUUUACUAUUCGGGCCUCUCAAAGUGACUAUGUCCGCCAGAUCCUGCCUAUCAACAUUGGUCGAACCCGUCGUCAGCAGCUGGAGUCCAGCAUAACCGAGGAGUUCGAGCAAGUGUGCAUUCACUACCUUCCCAUACCAGUUCAAGAGCUGACCUUUGUCUCCUUUGGCGAUGCCUCUUUUGCAUCCUCCAAGAACUUGAACUCCCAUCAGGGAGUAGUUCUGUGUGCCACUGACUCCAGGCUAGGCCAAAAUAAGGAAGCCCCGCUCUCCCCUGUAGGUUGGUUUUCUAAGAAGAUUCCUAGAGUAGUCCGCUCCACCUUGUCUGCCGAAGCCUACGCCAUGUCAAAGGCAGUUGAUCUCCUAGGCUGGCUUCGCGCCCUCUGGGGUGUUGUCCAUGUUCCUUCGUUCGAUUGGCGACAACCCGAGCAGAGCUAUAAACUGUUGAAUACGGCCCUGGUAGUCACCGACUGCAAAUCGCUUUACGACUUAGUCACUCGGCUCGCGAUGCCGUCGUGCGAAGAACACCGGACUACUUUGGAAGUCCUCCUGAUCAAGCAAAGAUGUGCGGAAAAUUCCCAGUUCAGGUGGGUGCCGACCACCCUUCAGAUCGCAGAUUCCUUGACAAAGAAUAUGGACUCCUCACUUCUCCGAGCUAUCCUUGCGCAGGGGAGAUUUCGUCUUUUUGACAAUUCAGAGUCCCUCGCGCGAGAUGCCCAGCGAAGGAAGGCCAUUGAGUGGCUUACCCAACCAUCCGAUAU